AAACAAAAUUAGAUAAUGAAUUUAUCACCGAUGAUGUACCGGCUAAAUCAUGCGCAAGGACAAAAGUUGCCACUGGCAGCUGAACAACAACAGCAACAACCACAGCAGCAGCAGCCACAAACGACACAAACGCCCAUACAAACACAGUCACAGCAACAACAACAAAUAAUACCCAGUCAUAUAUUGCUGCAACAACAAUUGGAUGCUGCCUCAGCGAAUGCCUCUAACAAUGCCAGCUCUUCCUCAUCCAGCCACCCAACCACCAGCACCUUGCAUCAUACCCAUGAGCCUGUAUUUCUAAAUAACUUUAAUGAUAAUGAAGCGAACACACCUCAUCAAGCCUUAAGGCAGGCCACCACCACCUCAUCCCUACUGCACAGCAUACAGCAUCAUCAGCCACAGCUGCAUACGUCGCCGCCGCCGCCACCUCAGCCGCCCAUUCACUCACGCCACUUAAACAACGCCCCAGCUAAUAAUCUGGUCAUUACUAAUGCUGCGGCGGCGGCGGCUGCUUUGGUGGCGGCCUCAGCUGUUGCCGCUGGUCAAAUGGACGCUCUGACUACUACAUCUUCCGUUGAAGAGAAUUUAAAGCUUUUAAAGACUGCCAUUAAAUCGGAACCUUUGCAACACGACACCUCCCCCCAUCCACACAACAACACUCACCCACUCAGCGGCUGCCACAGCGGCCACAGUAAUCUCAGUAAUGUUUUAAGUGCCACCAGCAAUAAAGAUGAUAUAAUUACCUUAGCGGCCUGUUCAGCUUUGGCCAAUGUUAUACCUGCCUCCAAUGCCGCUGCUGUGGCCGUCGCCGCCACCUCCUCCUCCUCCAUGUCUUCUGCUGGCGUUAAAGCGAAUGUUUUGAAAAAUUCCUCUGCCUUAAGCAAUGCCAUCACACAAGUGGCUCUUACUGGUAGUACUGGUAGUGCCGGCGGAGGGGGUAGUGGUGUUUCAGUUGCAGGCAGUGGUGUCAAUGUUAGUACUGCAGGCUCAGUGAGUGGUGAGGCAUUGACUACGUCAAAUGGCAGCCUAGUUUUUGUGCCAUCGAAAAGAGCGCGUAUGGAAUUAAGAGAAGAAUGGAUUUCAACCCCUAGUCCUGGCAGUGUACCCAGCACAGCACCAUUAAGUCCAUCUUCGGCAUCGCAAAAUCACAUGUAUGGCGCCAAUAUGUCAAAUGGCUACGCCUCACCCAUGUCAGCGGGCAGUUAUGAUCCAUUUAGUCCAAAUGGUAAAACAGGUCGUGAUGAUCUUUCUCCCUCGAGCAGUCUUAAUGGCUUCUCAACCAGCGAUGCUAGUGAUGUUAAGAAAAUCAAAAAAGGUCCUGCGCCCCGUUUACAAGAGGAACUGUGUUUGGUGUGUGGCGAUCGGGCGUCCGGUUAUCACUACAACGCUCUCACCUGUGAAGGCUGCAAGGGUUUCUUUCGACGGAGUGUUACCAAAAAUGCCGUGUAUUGUUGUAAGUUUGGACAUGCGUGCGAAAUGGACAUGUAUAUGCGACGCAAGUGUCAGGAGUGUAGGCUGAAAAAGUGUUUGGCUGUGGGCAUGCGGCCGGAAUGUGUGGUGCCCGAGAACCAGUGUGCAAUGAAACGACGCGAGAAGAAGGCUCAGAAGGAGAAGGAUAAAAUACAGACCAGUGUGUGUGCAACGGAAAUUAAAAAGGAAAUACUCGAUUUGAUGACAUGUGAGCCGCCAUCGCAUCCAACGUGUCCGCUGUUACCUGAAGACAUUUUGGCUAAAUGUCAAGCUCGUAAUAUACCUCCUUUAUCGUACAAUCAAUUGGCAGUUAUAUAUAAAUUAAUAUGGUAUCAAGAUGGCUAUGAACAGCCAUCCGAGGAAGAUCUCAAACGUAUAAUGAGUUCACCCGAUGAAAAUGAAAGUCAACAUGAUGUAUCAUUUCGUCAUAUAACGGAAAUCACUAUACUAACAGUACAAUUAAUUGUGGAAUUUGCCAAGGGUUUGCCAGCGUUUACCAAAAUACCACAAGAAGAUCAAAUUACACUAUUAAAGGCCUGCUCAUCGGAAGUUAUGAUGUUGCGUAUGGCACGACGUUACGAUCACAAUUCGGACUCGAUAUUCUUUGCCAACAAUCGAUCGUAUACGCGUGACUCGUACAAAAUGGCCGGCAUGGCUGAUAAUAUUGAGGAUCUGCUGCAUUUCUGUCGACAAAUGUACUCGAUGAAGGUGGACAAUGUCGAAUAUGCUUUACUCACUGCCAUUGUGAUCUUUUCCGAUCGGCCGGGUCUCGAAGAAGCCGAACUAGUCGAAGCGAUACAAAGUUACUACAUCGAUACACUCCGCAUUUACAUACUUAAUCGCCAUUGCGGCGAUCCCAUGAGUCUCGUAUUCUUUGCCAAGCUUCUGUCAAUUCUAACCGAACUGCGUACGUUGGGCAAUCAAAAUGCCGAAAUGUGUUUCUCGUUGAAAUUGAAAAAUCGCAAACUGCCAAAAUUCCUCGAAGAGAUCUGGGAUGUCCAUGCCAUUCCACCCUCGGUGCAGUCACACAUACAGGCCACGCAGGCGGAAAAGGCCGCCCAGGAAGCUCAGGCUACCACUUCGGGUCUGUCGCACACGGCCAUUUCAGCGGCCGCCACCUCAUCGUCCUCCAUAAAUACCUCGAUGGCGACAUCAUCCUCAUCAUCGUUAUCGCCCUCAGCCGUCUCCCUAUCAGCAGCUUCCACGCCCAAUGGCGGGACCGGUGUCGAUUACGUGGGCACCGAUAUGAGCAUGAGUUUGGUGCAAUCGGAUACGGCAUAGCAAUAGCUAUUAACUAUUGCCAACAACGACGAGGGCUCCGUUGUCCCUGUAAAUGACGUUAACCAUGAGCAUGACGUCGAUGACAUGGACGACGACAACGACGACGUUGAUGAGGGUGUAGUGUUAUUAGAGAGUACUGCUAAUGCUGUAGUAGCUUUUGCCGAUCAUCAGGGGUUGGAAUAGAAAAAGAGAGAAAGUGAAAACAAAAAGAAAACAACAACAACAACAAAGAGACAGAAACCGCAAGUGACAAAUUAAGCAAAACAAAGUAAAGAAA